AAUACAGUGUGCAGGUCGCAAGUUACAAAUAUAUUUUGUAUUUCUACUUGCACCCUUUUAAAAGUUUUGUACCGGAAACAUGGAUUUACUCCUAAUCAAUAAACUGAAAAAGUUUACAUUUUAUUAGUUUGAUUAAGGAAUCAUUGAAAAUACUUCUUAUUAUUAAAAAAUGUAUGGCAACAUUUUGAGAGCUUCUGGUUUUCAGGUUAGAUGUCGAUGUCAUCGUGUCAACUGUCAAAACCGUUUUGGGUCAAAACUUUUGACACUAUUUGACAGUUUGCUGAAGAUUAAUAAAUAUAAACAUUAUUGUUUAUUUUCAAUUUUAAGCCGCAUAUAUACAUGGGCAAUAUUUUUUUAAAAUAAUUACAGAUAAUUCAAUGGAGGUAAAACAAGAACAAAACAAUUUUCUUGAAGACGAAGAAUGUAAUAUUAAAAUAGAAAUUGUUGACUAUCCUGUGAAGACUGAAAUAAUUGAAGACUUUUCUGAGUCUCAUUCUCUCAAUGCUGAUGCAGACAAUUCUUUUGAUAGCUGGAAUCCUUCAGACCAAAAAGAUGUAAAAGUUAUUACAGAAAACAUCAAAUUAGAGGAGGAUAAGUUGGAGUUAAUUCAUGAAAAUGAUUCCCUCCAUAUAAAAAGAAGAAAAGGAAAAUUACACAUAUCUAAAAUGUGUUCCAAACUGUUUAAUCAAGCAGGUGAUUUGGAAACACACCACACUGGGAUAAAACCUCACAAUUGUCAAAUCUGUCAGAAGCAAUUUCCUUCAAAGGCGCGUUUAAAAGUGCAUAUGAGAAUUCACACUGGUGAAAAACCUUAUAAAUGUAAAAUUUGCUCGAAGUUGUUUGCUCAGAAAUCUAAUUUAAAUACACAUAUGUUGAAAUUCCACUCUGGACCGAAAUCUCACACGUGUGACAUUUGUUUGAAACAGUUUAAUAAAGCAAGUGAUUUGGAAAAACAUUACAUUACAAUACACAUUGGAGAGAAUCCUUACAAUUGUGAGACAUGUUGUAAGCAGUUUGCUUCAAAAAAUAAUCUAAAAGUGCACAUGAGGAUUCACACAGGCGAAAAACCUCACAAGUGUGAGGUUUGCUCUAAGUCAUUUAACCAAAAAUCUAACUUAAAUAUACAUAUGAGAAAGCACACUGGACAAAAAUCACGCACCAAAGAAAAACUUCACAAUUGUGAGAUAUGUUUUAAGCCGUUUAUUUCACAAAGUCAUUUAAAAGCGCAUAUGAUAAUUCACACGGGUGAAAAACCUCACAAGUGUGAAAUUUGUUAUAAGACGUUUAACCAAAAAUGUAACUUAAAUAUGCAUAUGACUUUGCACUUUGGAGAAAAAUCUCACGAAUGUGAGGUUUGUUUUAAACGCUUUAGUAAAGCAGGUGAUUUGAUAACACAUGUUAGAGUUCACACAGGUGAAAAACCUUAUGUAUGUAAAAUUUGCUGUAAGUUGUUUUCUCAGAAAUCUAAUUUAAGUGCGCACAUGAAAUUGCACAUUGGAGAGACAUAUCACACGUGUGACAUCUGUUUAAAACCGUUUAAUGAAGUCCAUGAUUUGGAAAAACAUGUUAAAAUACACAUUGGAGAAAAUCCUCACAAUUGUGAGACAUGUUUUAAGCCGUUUACUUCACAAAGUAAGCUAAAGAUUCAUAUGAGAAUUCACACAGGUGAAAAACCUCACAAGUGUGAAAUUUGUUCUAAGCUGUUUAACCAAAAAUCUAAUUUAAAUACACAUAUGAAAUCGCACAGUAUACAAAAAUCACACACUGGAGAAGAAUUUCACAAUUGAAGGGGUAUAAGUCCACAAUACCUGGUUUUGACAAAACCCAAAAAAGCUAAUUAGUUUAAAACCUUAUGAUAUGAAACUUUUUCAUAUGGAAUAUAGAGAGAAACUAGUAGAGUGACAUGAAUGUAAUACAGCAAAUUUGGCUUUAAAAACUAUUAGGGCAAAAUAACAGUUUUAAGGGCUGGGACUUGUUUCCUUAAGGACUGGGACGUAAGUGCAGUCUUGAUAGUUCUGAGAUAAUCCGCUUCAAAGUUAUUUGAGUUUUAUAAAUUCUAGGAGUCAUUAAACUAAAAAAUGUCUAGUGUACAAUGUUGUAUAAAAUGAUAGAAAUAUAAGGGGAUAUUAAUACUCUUACUAUAUUCUUCCGUUUUUCAAUUAUUACAAAAAUGUACUUGACUUGGUACAUGGUGUUGAUAAAUGUUACUAGUAAAACAGUUCAAGUGCAAAUGAAAGUUUUUCUGGUACUAUCUUUAGCCCCCCAGUAUCAUAGGAAUAGAAUUUUUUUUCGAAUGCGAUGUUUUAAAGUAUCAUAUAAAUGCUAUAGUCGAUUUAAAUCUGAUCUGGACUAAAUUCUGGCCAAUAUAAUUUUUAAAUUCAAUAUCAUCAAGGUAGAUAUUCACUGUUCUAGCGACAUGAAGAUGUGCAUUCGCACCACUAUCUCAUAUCCAAUCAUCAUCAUUCUCUUUGCCUUAUCCCUAUGCGGGAUCGGCUUCCCUAAUUGCAUUUCUCCACACAAUUCUAUCCUGGGUUAUAUCAAUAUUAAUCCCCUUUACCAACAUGUCCUGCCUAAUCGUCUCCCCCACGUCUUCUUUGGCCUUCCUCUCCUACUCUUUCCAGGAAUCUACACUUCAGCUACUCUUCGUAUUGGAUGAUUAACGUCUCGACGUUGAACAUGACCAAAUCAUCUCAACCUAUGCUCUCUCAUUUUGGCAUCAAUUGGUGCCACACCUAGACUUCCCCUAAUAUACUCAUUUUUAAUUUUAUCCUUUCUUGUCACUCCACUCAUCCAUCUAAGCAUUCUCAUCUCCGCCACAUGCAUUCGUUGUUCCUCUUUCUUUUUCACUGCCCAACAUUCAGUUCCGUACAUCAUAGCCGGUCUUAUGGCUGUUUUAUAGAAUUUUCCUUUCAGCUUCAUUGGAACUUGUCUGUCACACAACACACCACUCGCUUCCUUCCACUUCAUCCAUCCAGCCCUAAUUCUACUGCAUUCAUCUCCAUCUAUUUCUCCAUUACUCUGUAAUACCGAUCCCAGGUACUUAAAACUAUUGCUUUUUACAAUCAGUUCAUCAUCCAAAGGUACCAUUUUAUUUAUAGUAACUCCAUCUUUAACAAACACCCUCAGCGCCACGGGUGGUUCACAAAAUUUUCAUUCUGGGCCAAAAUGUUUUUUGGGCGAAUAGAGUUUUUUAUGUUAUUUUAGGGUGACUGAAGCAUUUUUUUUAUUUAUUUGCAGUUUAUUUUCGUAUUUUUCUAUUUUUGUAUGUUUAUAUGAAUUUCUAGUUACAUACAACCUAUCUUUUCAUGUUUACGUGUCUAAGACCAAACCCAGUUAUACCAGCAAAUCGGCUCAGGCCAUAACAUUAUUCUCUACAUAUAAAAACUUAAGACAGUAUGUCCUUUUAGGAGACACAACCGAUCGAACACAACGAGACAGGUGUAUCUUUUUCGGUACACAGCGUUGAGGACAGUGUGUAUCUAAAAAGAUACACUGGCGCUGAGGGUGUUAAAUGAACAUUCCAAAUACUCUGUCUUUGUCCUACUAAGUUUUAAACCUUUUUCCUCCAGAGCUCGUGUCCACUGUUCCAGUUUUUGUUCUAAGUCUCUUUCACUAUUUCCUACUAACACGACAUUAUCAGCAUACAUUAAGCACCAUGGAAUGCUACCCUGUAGUUUCGCUGUUAUCUGGUCCAAAACUAAUGAGAAUAAAUAAGGACUAAGCACCGAGCCUUGGUGCAAUCCUACCUUCACAUGAAAUUUAUCAGUCUCUCCCACACCUGUCCUAACACUAGUCGUUACUCCAUCAUACAUAUCCCUCACAAUCUUGACAUAUGCACCAGGGACUCCUUUCUUAUUGAGUGCCCACCACAGAAUCUCUCGAGGAACUCUAUCAUACGCUUUCUCAAGAUCAAUGAAUACCAUAUGAGCGUUUGUUUCUAUACUGCUGUAUUUUUCCAUCAACUGCCUUAUAAUGAAAAUUGCGUCUUUUGUUGAUCUGCCCUGCAUAAAGCCAAAUUGAUUCUCGGAUAUGUCAAUCUCUUCACGUAUCCGUCUAUCAAUUACUCUCUCCCAUAUUGUCACGGUGUGGGUAAGCAGUUUUAUAGCCCUGUAGUUUGUACAUUGCUGUAUAUCUCCCUUGUUUUUGUAAACAGGUAUACUGCUUCUCCAUUCGUCUGGCAUUUGUCCAACUUCCAUAAUUCUAUUAAAUAAACCUGCUAGCCACCUUGUUCCUGUCUCUCCCAAUGCUCUCCAUACUUCCCCAGGAAUAUCAUUUGGUCCUACCGCUUUUCCUUUCUUUAUUUUUUGAAGCGCUUGAGCCACUUCCUUGUUUGUUAUUUUGGUGACCAUUGCUGCUACUGUAUCCGUUGACUCCACAGGCUGUCUGUCAAAUUCUUCAUUUAAUAAGCUGUCGAAGUACUUUCUCCAUCUCUUUUUGACAUCCUUUUCGUGAACUAGUAUUUUAUUAUUUUCAUCUCGGAUACAUCUAAUAUGAUUAAAAUCUUUUGCUUUCUUUGCUCUCUGUUUGGCUAUUUUAUAUAUCUUGGUUUCGCCUUCCCUGGUAUCAAGUUGAUCGUAUAGGUUUGAAUGCGCUUCUGCUACUGCUACUUUCGCUUGCUUUUUCGCGACCAUAUAGUUUUGAAGAUCUGUGUUGGAUCUGGUUUCUUGCCACUUUUUAUAUAAUUUUCCCUUCUCUUUUAUUUUUCCGUUUACUUCGUUUGACCACCACCAAGUCUCUUUAUCCUCAAACUUUUUUCCUGACGUUUUCCCCAGUAUUUCAAUAGCAGUCUCUCUAAUACUACUGGCCAUUUUUCUCCAAAUUGUAGUAGGACUUCCUUUCAUGUUCCAACAUAUUUUCUCUACUAUUCUUUCCCUGAAUAGACCUUCUUUCUCACCUUUUAGCAUCCACCACUUGAUUUUUUGUGGUCCUCUUCGAUAUUUUGGUUUAGUUUGUUUCACUUUUUACUUCGAUGUCCAGAACAACCAGCUUAUGUUGUUGGCUUACUGUCUCACUAACUAUUACCUUGCAGUCCUUGCAUUCACGUAUGUCUUCUUUCCUUAUCAUGAAAUAGUCUAUUUGGGAUUGAUGUUGUCCACUUUUGUACGUAAUAAGUUGAGUUUCUCUCUUUUUAAAGAAUGUGUUAACAAUCGUCAUAUCUAGUGCUGUUGCUUACUCAAGCAUAUCAUCUCCAGCUUCAUUUGUAGUUCCAAAGCCUAAUCCCCCAUGUAUUGCUUCGUAUCCUGCCUUGGCUUGGCCCACAUGUGCAUUGAAGUCACCUCCUAUUAUAACUUUCUUCUCAGACGGAAUAUCACUUAGGACGUCUCCUAAUUAGUCAUAGAAAGCUGUUCUUUCAUUCUCACCCAGACCUGUUUGAGGAGCAUACACACACACACAACAUUCAAUACCUCUUUAUCAAUUACAAAUUUCACUGACAUCAUUCUAUCACUCGUUCUUACAACUUCCACUACGUUAUCUUUCAUUUCACUAUCAGCAAUUAUACCAACUCCAUUUCUAGUGUUACUACUCCCUGCAUACCACAAUUUGUAUCAUUCACCUAGUUCUUUUGCCCUUUGUCCUUUCCACCUAGUUUCUUGAAUGCAAGCAAUUUGAACUCUCCGUUUGAGCGCAUCCACUAACUCCAGACUCUUACCUGUAAGACUACCAAGAUUCCAUGACCCUAUCCUGAUUUUUCUAACCUGCAAUGGUGUUCCCCCUGAGAUAGUUCUCACCCGGAGAUCCGAACGGAGGCUCAUUUUACUUCCGGAACAUUUUACCUCAGGGGAUGCCAUCAUUUCAGUAUAAGUUUUUAUUGCAUUUGGAGAAGGUAUUUUCAUUAUUAUGGCCUGAAAAGAUUUUUGGAUAUUUGAUGCCUGAAUGACUUUUCUAUCGGCACCAUACCCUGCCCUGCACGUUUAGCCAAUACACCAGCAAUGCAACCAACGUGCAGUAUUACCCCACACCCGCCUGCAUUUUUGUGUAUAGGCCAGGAUCCCUACUGUAAGGACUGCCCUAUAAGCCAAUGUAUUGUUGCCUGUACACUAGGAGGCACGUACUUUAUUCGGGAUACCCAAUAUUCAUUGUCCCUCACAAAAGAUGGAAAAAGCAAGCAAAGUGUAUUACAAAGAGUUGAAAACCACAGAAAAUGUUUUACCGGUUUCAGAAAGGCAACUUUUAUCAAUCUUUAAAGAAAUCUUUACUGAUGUUACUAUUUUCCAUCAAUUUGCAACAGCUUUGUGCAUUCCUUUAUAUUCAGAUGUAUAAUUAGCUAUGUGUUGUUUUUUUAACCAGGAUAAUUUUCAUAGUUAGGUACUCAAGAUAUAUUGAGUACUAUAAACGUGAACUAUGAGAAUAAACGUGAAAAAUUAUUAAUAUUUAUUAUAUUUUAAUUCCCAUAUUAAACUUGUUAUCAUGGCCUAUGAUUUUUUUUCUGAACGUAUAUGUAAAAUAAAAUUUAAAACUGAG